UAGAUUUUUAAUAAAUCUACUUAAAUUUAAGUUUUCUGGACGGUGUUCAUUGAAAAAUAAACAUUUUUGACAAUGGCCUUGCAACUAGUGCUCCGUAACGCCACCAAAUUCAAUGGUGCUGCUUUGGUAAAAUCUGUGCGUAUGACCCCACUCAAGACUUAUGCCACCGUUGUUGCUGCCCAACGUAGUGCUUUGGUCAAACCAUUGAAUUUGGUUAAGAAUGUUGCUGCCCCUGUUACUCGUAAUGUUGCUGUAAGUGCUCCUCGCAUGGCUGCUGCUGGUGGUAGUCACACUGCCUUGUGGACAAUUGAACGUGUUGUCUCAUUGGCUUUGUUGGGUGUUGUACCACUUGCUUUUGUUGUACCCUCACAAACCAUGGAUGCCUUGUUAGCUGUUUCCUUGGUGCUCCACUCCCAUUGGGGCAUUGAAGCCUUGGUAACCGAUUACAUGCGUCCCUCUGUUGUCGGUAAUGUCUUACCUAAGGUAGCCCAUGGCUCUUUGUUGUUGUUGUCUAUGGCAACAUUGGGCGGUUUGUUCUAUUUGAUCUACAAUGAUAUUGGUAUUGCCAAGUCUGUCAAGAAAUUGUGGGCUGUUAAAGGUGUUUAAUUUU